AAAAUGAAAUGUGUGAAUUUAUAUAUGGUGUGAGAACAACAAAAGGCAAAAAAUACUCAAGAGCUUCCUUGAAAAAUGCUGUUGCUUCAAUAAGCUGUCAUCUUAAAAAUCCCAAACCACAAUGGAAUUAUAAUCUUUUAUGUGGGAAUUUAUAUCUGGAAUUUCUCUAUUUGAUAAUGAAGCUCAUGAUUUUCAACUCAGUUUAG